AUGGUAAAUGACAGAGAAACAUUGCGUGGCCGUCGUGUUAUCGUGACUGGUGCCAGCACCGGAAUUGGUGAACAGAUUGCUUAUCAUUACGCAAAAAUGGGCGCAAGAAUAUUAAUAACUGCGAGAAGAGAAAAUGUUUUACGAGAGGUUUGUUACUCAAAAAUGUUACAGCUCGGGGCUGAAGAGGCCCAUUACAUAUCUCUAGACAUGGGAAAGAUGGCGGACACCAAAAAAUUAAUCGACUUUGCCUGGGAGAGAUUUGGCGGUUUAGACUAUUUGGUUUUGAAUCACAUCACGUCAAACUAUCUGGAACUUUGGGACGGCCAGUUUGAACGGUUAGACGAAAUAUAUCAUGUGAACUUCCGCUCGUUUGUUAGUUUAGCUACUUAUGCAUUGCCGAUGCUGAGAGAGACUAGGGGGAGUAUUGUGGUGAUGUCAUCAUUUGCAGGCAAAGUUGGGACACCGUACUCGGCAGCGUACAGCUCCUCAAAGUUUGCAUUGAUUGGUUUCUUUGAAUCGCUACGAAAAGAAUUCAUGAUAAAGGAUACAGACAUUUCGAUAACAGUUUGCAUAAUUGGUGGGAUUAGCACCGAAAAC